AUGAAGCUAAAUGUUUGCAGCGGUUUAAGCUUGCGUUUAACGCCACCCGCGAACACAGAGGGCGAAUAUUCAAGCGACACUCUCAAUGAAAUGGAACAAGACAGCGACCUGGUUUUUCCAGAUGGUGGGUGGCGUGCGUGGAGUGUCAUUCUUGGCUCUUGGUGCGCAAUGGUGCCCUCAUUUGGGCUUAUGAAUACAAUCGGCGUGUUCGAGGCUUGGUUGGCAGAUCAUCAAUUGAAAGGCUAUUCGAAAGCUUCCAUCGGCUGGAUAUUCAGCCUGUACAUGUUUUUUCUUUAUUUUGGAAGCGUGCAAGUCGGACCUCUUUUUGAUUCGUAUGGCCUUAGGCCUUUGCUGGUCCCGGGAUGCGUUGGGCUCGUCGCAUCACUGAUGAUAUUCAGCGUUGCAGAAGGUGCUUUUUUCCCUACUAACCGAGCUGACUUCGCCAAAACUGAUGAUAAGCAAUACUACCAAUUCAUGCUAGGAUUCAGUGUCCUUGGCGGCAUCUCCUCAUCAAUGGUGUUCACCCCUAGCAUAGCCUGCAUUGCCCAUUGGUUUCUCAGACGUCGUGCACUGGCCACCGGCAUAGCCGCGACUGCUGGGGGCAUUGGAGGAAUCAUAUUUCCUGUCUUGGUCGCUAAUCUCGCGGGAAGUCUAGGCUUCCCAUGGACUAUUCGAAUUAUUGGAUUUAUAAGUGCAGCAUUCUGUUUUCUGAGCGUCGCGCUUUUGAGGACCAGACUACCCGUAAAUUCGGUGAAAAAAGGAACUGUCGAUAUCAGAGCUUUGAAAGAACCAUGCUUCUCAUUGUUGACGGCCGCCAUUGUUUUGAUCGAUUUCGCCCUCCUGAUUCCAUUGACUUAUUUGCCGUCCUAUGCUCAAUCUCGCGGCUUGGAAGAUCCUAUUGCAUACAACCUAUCAUCUAUCCUGAACGCCGCGUCCAUAGUUGGGCGGAUCGUCCCUGGAUAUUUUGCUGACCGAUUUGGACGAUUCAAUGUGAUGAUCAUCACGACAUUUGUUUGCUCGGUGUUUACUUUCGCCCUCUGGCUUCCAUCCAAGUCAAACCAGGCGGCCAUUUUGGCUUUCGCCGUGCUUUUUGGAUUUUGGAGCGGCACUGCAAUCAGUCUCUCCCCUGUUUGUGUUGCCCAAAUUUCCAAAACAGAAGAUUUCGGAAAGCGUUACGGUACAACCUAUUUCUUGGUCAGUGUAGGCACACUCGUCGCCAUUCCAAUUGCUGGCGAGCUCUUAAAAGUCCAAACAUCCACAAUCGGCCAGGAUGACUAUACUGGAUUAAUAGUCCUUUGUGGGCUUGUCUAUUCUUGUGCAUGCAUCUUUUUUAUCUUAUCUAGAGGCGUGAGCGUUGGUUGGGGUUUGAAGGUUUUCUAG